AUGCACGUCCCCUCAUUCGCCGGACUGGCCCUCUUGGGCGCCGCAACCGCAAACGACGUCUAUCCACGACAGACCGCUGCGCCGUCUCCUACAAGUGCGGCGGCACCGCAGAUUACCGCUGUUACGGACUGCCAUCUUCACGAAUCGCAAGUGUUCUGCAUCGCCCCCAACGGAGACGACGUCGAAGUCAACGUCCCCGGCGCCGGAGGCGACACCCAUCAAGAAGGAGACCAACAUGGCAGCGAUUCCAAAGACAGCGGCCACAAGCACUGUCAUUUCCACGCUGGCGUAGAACACUGCGUAGGCGGCGACGAAAGUGAAUCCGCCGCGCCAAAUUGCGACAGCACGCCCAGGGAAUACAACAUUGGCCUGCGAGUCGGCCUGCUCUUCGUCAUCAUGGCCACGAGUGCCUUGGGUGUAUUUGGUCCCAUCUUCCUACACAAAGUCCUACCCAGGAGACUCUCCAAACUCUUCACGCUCCUCAAACAAUUCGGUACCGGGAUUAUCAUCUCAACCGCCUUUGUUCAUCUCUUCACCCACGCCGCCCUCAUGUUCGGCAACAAGUGCAUCGGCGAACUGGGCUACGAAGGAACCACAGCCGCCAUCCUCAUGGCCGGCAUCUUCCUCUCCUUCUUCGUCGAAUACAUUGGUCAGCGGAUCGUCCUCGCCAAGACCAGGUCCACUGCCUUGUUGACCAGAGAGAAACAAGCAGAGGCCUUGUUGUCCACCGAGGUGGUGAGCAUCUUGGUCAUGGAGGCGGGCAUCUUGUUCCAUUCUUUGCUUAUCGGAUUGACUCUUGUCGUCGCUGGAGAUUCCUUCUUCAUUACCUUGUUCAUUGUCAUUCUUUUCCACCAAGUCUUCGAAGGCCUGGCACUCGGAACCCGAAUUGCCACGAUUGGAAGUUCCGCCGAUGUCCAUCUCCUGCCCCCCGCCGUCAAUCACUCUGGCACAGCCGUCGAAAAUGAUACGGAUAAGUCGGUUCAUACUCCGACUGAGGAGACAGCAGACGCCUCUUCGACUUUUGACCGCCCUACAUUGUCCAUGAAGAAGAAACUCGGUCUUGCUGCCCUCUUCGCAUUUGUUACGCCCAUCGGCAUGGCCAUCGGCAUUGGUGUCCUGCAAAAGUUCAAUGGCAAUGACAGAUCAACCCUUCUUGCAAUCGGCACUCUGGACGCCCUUUCGGCCGGCAUCUUGGUUUGGACUGGCCUUGUGGAAAUGUGGGCGGCUGACUGGAUGACCGGCUCUCAUGGUCACAAAGCCGAGUUGGCUGAUGCAGAUAUGCUUACCGUCGGCCUUGGUGGAUUUGGUCUAGUGGCUGGUAUGGUGCUGAUGAGCUUCCUGGGCAAGUGGGCGUAG